AUGACAGAGCAGACACCAGAUGAGUAUUUCUGGUGUGAAGACUGCGGACAGUACCAUAAUUCCGAGUGUCCUGAACUUGGGCCUGUGGUCACUGUUAAAGACUCAUUUGUCCUGAGUCGGGCCCGGUCAUCUCUGCCUGACAGCCUGGAGAUUAGACAGACCCCUGAAGGGAAAGAAGGGGUUUUUGUGCUCAAACGUCUUGUGAAGAGAACCCGCUUUGGCCCCUUUGAGGCUAAGAGAGUGCCUCACCUGGACAAAGAGGGGUCGUUUCCUUUAAAGAUCUUCACUAAGGAGGGGCCGGUGAUCUGUUUCGACACGUCCAAUGAGGAGGACUGUAACUGGAUGAUCCUGGUGCGACCAGCUUCUGAUCACAAGCACCAGAACCUCACUGCCUAUCAGCAGGAUGAUGAGAUCUACUUCAACACCUCCCAGGAUGUACCUCCAGGAUCUGAGCUGAGAGUCUGGUAUGGGGCCUUCUAUGCCAAAAAGAUGGAGAAGCCUGUGUUAAGGCCCCCGGUCUUGCCACCUCCAGCAGAAGUCACCUCCACCAAGUCCGGGGACCGUCAGGUCCAGACAGGGUCAACAGCGGGCCCGCUGACCGGAGUGAGUGACACAGACCACAUGCUAAGUCACCUGCAGCAGAUGAAGACUGUAACACCUCCACCUUCAGAACAAGCUGUGUCGCAGGAAACCGGGCCUGGAUCCUCUGAUAACGCGGCCAACGCUAGCGUCACUCCUACACAACCGGAGCCCAAAAGAAAACCCGGCCGCAUACGAAGAACAAGGGCGCUGAAACCUGGGGUUACUGCUCCAAGUGAAACCAGCAAAGAAGUUCCUUCCAGCGAACCGGAUGAGCAGGCCCUCAGCACCGUGGCCCCAGACUUGGGGCUGACCGUGUUGGAUGGUCAAGGUCUCGCGGUUGGGUCAGAUGACGUGCCUGCCAAACUUUCGCGGGUACCCCGUGUUCUCAUGCCCUCUGGAAGGCCCGGGAUGAGAAAACGGUUUCUCCGUCAAGGUGGAGAUCAUAAACGAGUCUACCAGUGCAGUCUCUGUAACAAGGUGUUUCAGAACAGCAGCAACCUCAACCGUCACAUUCGCUCCCAUGGGGACAAGCUCUUUAAAUGUGACGAAUGUGAAAAGAUGUUCAGUCGUAAGGAGAGCCUGAAGCAGCACAUCUCCUACAAACACAGUAAGAAUGAGCCGGACUUAGAGUACAGGUACAAAUGCACUACUUGUGAGAAGUCCUUCCGGGUGGAGAACGCCUUAAAAUUUCACAACUGCAGGACAGAUGACAAGACAUUCCAGUGUGAGAUAUGCUCGCGCUUUUUCUCCACUAACAGUAACCUGUCCAAACACAAGAAGAAACACGGGGAAAAACUCUACUCCUGCGAGAUCUGCAACAAAAUGUUUUACCGCAAGGAUGUCAUGCAGGAUCAUCACCGCCGCCACGUCAUGGGCCCAAAGAGCAUGAAGAGAGAAGAGCUGGAGGCCAACGGAGAGGAAGGAACCAAAUACAGGAAAGAACCCUCAGCCUGUCCCAUUUGUAACAAGGUGUUCUCCUGCCGGAGUAAUAUGAAUAAGCACCUGCUGACUCACGGGGAUAAGAAAUACACCUGUGAGAUCUGCGGCCGCAGGUUUUUCCGCGUGGACGUCUUGCGGGAUCACAUCCACGUGCAUUUCAAAGACAUUGCCUUAAUGGAUGAGCAGGAGAGGGCGGAGUUUAUCAAGAAGAUUGGCAUCUCAGUGGAUGACAGUGAAGGAAACUCUGAUGAUGAGGAUGGGAAGGAUGACCCUGAGCAUCAUAAGUACAGCUGCAAGAAGUGUCAGGUGACCUUCGCUAAGGGGCGGGACUACCUGAAGCACAUUAUGGACAUGCAUAAAGAGCGAGGUUACGGCUGUAUCAUCUGUAACCGCCGCUUUGCUCUCAAAGCCACCUACAAUGCCCACCUGGUCAUCCACAGAGAGCAGCUCGUGGACCCUGCUGUGCAGAGGUACAUUCAUCCAUGUGAAAUGUGCGGCAGGAUUUUCAACAGUAUCGGAAACCUGGAGAGACACAAGAUCAUCCACACCGGAGUGAAGAGUCAUAGCUGUGAUCAGUGUGGGAAGUCUUUUGCCAGGAAGGACAUGUUGAAAGAGCAUCUGAGAGUCCAUGACAACAUCCGGGACUUCCUGUGUGCCGAGUGCGGCAAAGGAAUGAAAACAAAACACGCCCUAAGGCACCAUAUGAAGCUGCACAAAGGUAUAAAAGAAUACGAAUGUAAGGAGUGCAACCGCAAAUUUGCCCAGAAAGUGAACAUGCUGAAACACUACAGGAGACACACAGGCAUAAAGGACUUCAUGUGUGAGCUGUGUGGAAAGACUUUUAGUGAGAGAAACACCAUGGAGACGCACAAACUAAUACACACAGUGGGGAAGACGUGGUCAUGCGCUGUGUGCGAUAAGAAAUAUGUGACGGAGUACAUGUUACAGAAGCAUGUGCAGCUGACUCACGAUAAGGUGGAGGCCCAGAGCUGUCACCUGUGUGGGACUAAAGUCUCCACCCGCGCCUCCAUGAACAGGCAUAUGCGCCGGAAACACCCUGAGGUGGUACCCGUUAGAGUCAGUGACUUCGACAACCUCCAGGAACCGUCAACUGUCGAUACUUCAGCAAUCGAUGCAUCAUCCAUUAGCAUUGUGCAGCCCACACUAUCUCUGGAUAAGGAGCCUCUCUCGGAGGAGAAGACUCAGAGGAGUGGACGUCCUCCUAAGAAGAAGCAGAAGCAGCAGCCGCUGGAAGAGCCCCAGCUGUCCGACUCGGAUGAGUACUCUGACUUCACCGGUAAAGGCCCGGAUUUUUCCACGGCGGUUGGGGACGAGACUAGCUCAGCUGUGCAGAGCAUUCAGCAGGUUGUAGUGUUGGCAGAGCCAAACGCCCAAUCAGCACCGUCUCCCUCCAGUUCUGUUGGGCUGACCAACAUCACCGUGACACCCAUCACCACGCCUGCGCAGGCGCAGUUUUCCAGUCUGCAGCCCGUUGCCGUGGGCCACUUGACACACGCCGACCGUCCCCUGACCCUGGACAGCUCCAUCCUCACCGUGACCUUCGACGCGGUCAGCGGCUCGGCCAUGCUCCACAACCGGCCCGCCGACCUCCAGCCGGACGGGGGCGGAGCCCCGAGCGCCGCCGCCCCUCAGUCCGUGGCCCAUUUCAUCAACCUCACCACCUUCGUCAACCCCAUCCCGCACCCGCUGGAGCAGCCCGCCCUGACCGCGUGGAGGUCCGCCACUCCCGCGGACGGAGCCCACGUCGCCGCGGCCAUGGACGGAUCCCAGCCGAACCCCCAAGAUCCUCAAGCCCAGGCCAUCACGCCGCAGCAGGUUCCCCAGCAACCGCAGGCUCCUCCGGAGCAAAGUCAGCCAAUCCAAGCCCAGGCCCCGGAGCCCUCGCCACAGCAGCCCACGGCAACCCAGCAGAUGUUCAGCUACUGA